AUGUUCGGUUCUUUCAGCAACCCAAACACGUCUAGCGGCAGUGCCUUUGGGAAUGCCUCUCAACAACCACAACAGGCUGGCACGUCCAAUGCGGUAGGUCUGCUAGGAGCACCCUCAGCGGCACCGGGCAGCACGUCGUUAUUUGGUGGCAGCGCGCCACAGACCGGAGCGGGUAGCAAUCCGCUCCUCGGGGGCAACCAAGGAACAUCGCAAUCUACGGCCGGAGGACUUUUCGGUAACUCGGCCAACCAGGGAGGUGGAGGACUCUUUGGGGGCACGAAUAUGCAAAAUCGGCCGGCCGCGGGAGCAGGAUUGUUUGGGGCGACCAGCGGUACUUCUAGCGGUAACCCACUGCUUGGUACAGCUCCUCAGAAUCCUCUUGGUGGCACUGGGACUAGUCCUAACCCGUUGUUCGCGACGGGCGGAAGUAACACUGGGACAACUGGUGGCGGUUUGUUUGGAAACGCGCCCGUCGGAGGCAACACAGCACCUGCUGGAGGUGGUUUGUUCGGAAACCCUGCCGGGGGAAGCAACACCAACACGACCGGUGGCUUGUUCGGCAACGCAGCUGGAGGAAGUCGCUCAAAUACGACCGGAGGUGGUUUACUUGGCAGCACCACAGCAGGGAGCAAUACUAAUGCACCGAGCAGCGGUCUAUUUGGCAACACUGCUGGAGGCACAACCGGGGCAACGAGCGGAGGACUCUUCAACAAUACUACAGCAGGGAGUAGUGCGACUGCACCUGGUAGCGGAUUGUUCGGUAACACCACUGGCACUUCCGCGGGAAACACGGGAGGCGGUCUCUUCAGAAGCACCACCAAUUCCUCGACAACAGGUGGUGGACUCUUUGGUGCCCCCCCGCCUAUUGUUCCACCGUCUCUCUUUGGCUCCACUCAAGGGCAGCAGCAAGGUUCGUCGUCCAUGUUGGGACAGCCUCCCACUUCGAUGCUGGGACAACCGCCUCCCUCAAUGCUGGGACAACCGCCUCCCUCAAUGCUGGGACAACCACCCACUUCCACGCUCGGACAACCUCCGCAGUAUGGGUCAUUGUUCGGGAACUCGGGACAAUCACCAGCUGGGGGUAGUCUUCUGGGGGGAAGUUUUCUCGGUCGCACAACGCAACCCAAUGCUGUGUCAUCCGGCCUUCUCUCUCGGACAGCUAUUCCCUCAAGUCAGCAACCAGCAGACGCCCAGUCUCAGUUCGCAUCAUUGGUUCAACGCAUAGAGAGUACUGUGAAAGCGUGGGACCCCGCUUCUCCACAAUGUCGCUUUCAGCAUUAUUUUUACAAUCUAGUAGAUCCUAGUCAGGUACAGUUAUAUGGUCGACCAGCUAAUGCGACGAAUGACGCACUGUGGCAAAAAGCUAUCCGCGAAAAUCCAGAUCCAAGUUGCCUUGUACCUGUGAUUGCGAUAGGAUUUGAUGACUUGCAGAAGCGUGUUGAAGCUCAAUCGCAACAAGCUACUGCACAGCAAGAAAGAUUGAAGGAACUCCAGACGAGGAUUGCAGCACUGUCACAAAGACAUCAACUAUCGAAUGCAUCUCGAUUGAACCGCGCCUCCAUGCUACAGACCCAACUGACGCAUCGGGUACUCAAACUCGUGCAACAUCUUCAUCUCCUGAUUCCUACACUGCGGUCGUCUGCCAUCCGUCCGGAAGAGGAAGCGCUUCGCACAGCGUUGGAGGAUAUUGAUCAGGACAUUCGAAGACCGGGGGGUACGGGACGGAUGCGAGGCAAACUGAAUGAAUUAUGGGCACUCAUAGGUGCUGUGAAUGCCGCUAGAGAGAGGGAUCGCAAAGGCGGCGUUGUCGAAUGGACUGUUGUUGACGAUGAAGGGUUGAGUCAAAUCGCUCAGAUUUUAGCCGAUGAGCAAGCUGGGCUGGCUCAUCUCACCAAGAUACUGCAGCGAGACAUCAAGGACCUGGCUGUCAUCCAGGGCACCAGUGUCAAGGAGGAGGAACCGAACGCAUUGUUGACGUCGGCGUCGACACUGCGCGGCAGUACAGGCUAUUGA